CCAUCUCUAAAUUUCGUUUCUUGGUUCUCUCUCCUAUCAAACCCUAACCCUAAUCCCACCAAUUCAGCAUUGCACGUUUGACUUGUCGUUCUCAAUCCUUAAACCCUGAUUAAUAUAGUUGUUGAUCCUACGAUCGGGGACCCUUUCUGUCAAGAUUCGAUUAUCCAUUGUGGUUCGACCGCAGAUGGAUUCUCAGGUAAACAAUCUUUACGAUACGGUUUCGCAGCCAGAUACCAGCAACGAUGCAUACACUUUCCUUGAGUUCAACACCCAGGGGGAAGAUUAUGAUUAUCCGGAAUUCCAAGAACUUUCUCAACCAAUUCGUUCGUCAGUUUGGCCAACGCCUUCUGAUUCGCUAUCUGAAUCGGCUGAUCGAGCAGAAAGAGCCUCUACUGAUCACCAAUCAGAUGCUUCGCCUGUUUCUACAGCGUCGGGUAGUGGCCCAAAAGGUAGGGGCGGGGGUAAUGGUAUUGGAAGAGAUCAGGCAGCUGUGGAUGCUCUUGCUGCUGGAAUGAGCGGGUUAAACUUCGAGGAGACGGGAGAUGAUGAGAAUUUUGAGUUUGGAAAAGGUGAUUUUGCUGAGCAUGCAUGUAAGUAUUGCGGAGUGACCAACCCAGCUUGCGUAGUGAGGUGUAAUGUGCCAUCUUGUCGCAAGUGGUUCUGUAAUUCACGAGGGAAUACUUCAGGUUCACAUAUCGUUAAUCACCUGGUUCGAGCUAAACAUAAAGAAGUUUGCCUCCACAAAGACAGUCCUUUGGGAGAAACAAUCCUCGAAUGCUACAAUUGUGGAUGCAGAAAUGUAUUCCUUCUAGGAUUUAUCUCUGCAAAGACAGAGAGUGUUGUGGUUCUUCUUUGCAGGGAGCCCUGUCUUAAUGUCAAUGCCUUGAAGGACAUGAACUGGGACUUGAGUCAGUGGUGCCCCCUUAUUGAUGAUAGGUGUUUCUUGCAGUGGCUUGUUAAGGUACCAUCUGAACAAGAACAGCUGAGAGCUCGUCAAAUCAGUGCUCAGCAAAUAAAUAAAAUUGAAGAAUUAUGGAAGACAAACCCUGAUGCUACCUUGGAAGACCUUGAGAAACCUGGAGUUGAUGAUGAACCUCAGCCUGUUGUAUUGAAGUAUGAAGAUGCAUACCAGUAUCAAAAUGUGUUUGCCCCUCUUAUUAAGCUUGAAGCUGAUUAUGACAAGAUGAUGAAAGAGUCUCAAAGCAAAGACAAUUUGACUGUUCGCUGGGAUAUUGGUCUCAACAAGAAGCGCAUUGCAUAUUUUGUUUUCCCAAAGGAGGACAAUGAAUUACGACUUGUUCCUGGUGAUGAGCUUCGACUGCGUUACUCUGGAGAUGCAGCUCAUCCAGCUUGGCAUUCAGUGGGCCAUGUGAUAAAAUUAACUGCACAAGAGGAAGUUGCUCUAGAACUUCGUGCAAGUCAGGGAGUUCCCAUCGAUAUGAACCAUGGUUUUAGUGUUGACUUUGUAUGGAAGAGCACAAGCUUUGAUAGGAUGCAAGGAGCAAUGAAAACAUUUGCUGUGGAUGAGACCAGUGUUAGCGGCUAUAUCUAUCAUCACCUGUUGGGCCAUGAAGUUGAGGUCCAGAUGAUCCGUAAUACUUUGCCCCGUCGUUUUGGAGCACCUGGUCUCCCAGAACUGAAUGCAUCUCAAGUUUUUGCUGUCAAAAGUGUACUUCAGAAACCAAUUAGUUUAAUCCAAGGCCCUCCUGGGACGGGGAAAACCGUAACCUCUGCAGCUAUUGUAUAUCACAUGGCCAAACAAGGGCAGGGCCAGGUAUUGGUUUGUGCUCCAAGUAAUGUGGCUGUUGACCAACUGGCUGAAAAGAUAAGUGCCACUGGAUUGAAGGUUGUUAGACUCUGCGCGAAAUCAAGGGAAGCAGUCAGUUCUCCUGUUGAACACUUGACCCUUCAUUAUCAGGUUCGGCAUCUUGAUACUUCUGAAAAGAGUGAACUGCACAAGCUACAACAGUUGAAGGAUGAACAAGGAGAACUAUCCAGCAGUGAUGAGAAGAAAUAUAAAGCUCUUAAGCGGGCAACAGAGAGAGAAAUAGCACAAAGUGCCGAUGUCAUUUGCUGCACAUGCGUUGGAGCUGGAGAUCCUCGACUGGCUAAUUUUAGAUUUCGUCAGGUGCUUAUUGAUGAGUCUACUCAAUCAACUGAGCCCGAGUGUCUUAUUCCCUUAGUACUUGGAGUAAAGCAGGUUGUUCUUGUUGGUGAUCAUUGCCAGCUUGGUCCUGUUAUAAUGUGCAAGAAAGCAGCUCGUGCUGGGCUAGCACAGUCUCUUUUUGAACGUCUUGUGAUACUUGGUGUUAAACCUAUUAGAUUGCAAGUUCAAUAUCGAAUGCAUCCAGCCCUUUCUGAGUUUCCUUCUAAUAGCUUUUAUGAAGGUACACUUCAAAAUGGAGUAACCAUCAAUGAAAGACUAUCACCAGGCAUCGACUUUCCAUGGCCAGUGCCAAAUCGUCCAAUGUUCUUUUAUGUUCAGAUGGGACAGGAGGAAAUAAGUGCUAGUGGUACAUCCUAUCUCAAUAGGACUGAAGCUGCAAAUGUUGAAAAAAUUGUCACCACCUUCCUGAGGAGCGGUGUAAUGCCUAAUCAGAUUGGGGUUAUAACACCAUAUGAGGGACAACGUGCAUAUAUUGUAAACUAUAUGUCCAGAAAUGGAGCUCUUAGACAACAACUCUACAAGGAAAUAGAGGUUGCAAGUGUAGAUUCUUUCCAAGGGAGGGAAAAAGAUUAUAUUAUUUUGUCCUGUGUCAGGAGUAAUGAACAUCAGGGGAUUGGAUUUCUUAAUGACCCAAGGAGACUUAAUGUUGCAUUGACCCGAGCACGCUAUGGUAUUGUGUUGUUAGGCAAUCCAAAAGUCCUAAGCAAACAGCCACUAUGGAAUAGUUUGCUGACACACUUCAAGGAGCAUGAAUGUUUGGUGGAAGGACCACUCAGUAACUUGAAGCAGAGCAUGGUUCAAUUUCAAAAGCCCAAAAAGAUGUACAAUGACCGAAGAUUUUUAUAUGGUGGUGGACCCGGCACUGUGCCAGACGCCUCAUCCACUCCAAACCCUGACAGGAGAAAUAGUCGUCCCAGGGCAGGAUAUAUGUCUCCGGGCCCUCCUAAUGGCAGUCAAAAGCCACCUGGGGUACAUCCUACAGGUUAUCCAAUGCCUAGGGUUCCUCUUCCACCAUACCACGGUGCUCCGCCUCCACAACCAUAUGCUAUUCCUACUCGUGGAGCUAGUCAUGGACCUGUAGGGGCUGUUCCUCAUGUACCUCAGCCUGGAAAUCGUGGUUUUGGAUCUGGCCGUGGCAGUUCAAGUGCUCCUAUUGGAAGUCAUCUUACACAUCAGCAAGGUCCACAGCCACCUAUUGGAGGUCUUGCUCCCAAUUUUAAUUUUCCUAUGGAGAAUUCAAACAGCCAAUCAUCUGUUGGUGGACCAUUGUCUCAGCCUGGAUACGUUUCUAAUAUUCCAGUCCAAGGUCAAAGCCAAAACUUCCGGGAUGGAUUCUCUAUGGGAGGCAUGUCUCAGGAUUUUCUAGGUGAUGACUUUAAGAGCCAGGGAUCGCAUGUUCCAUAUAGUGUAAAUGAUUACUCCACACAGGCUUCACAAGGUGGAUAUGCUGCUGAUUAUGUGACCCAAGGAGCCCAAGGUGGAUUCCCAGGAAGCUUUCUUAACCAAAAUUCUCAAGGUGGAUAUUCUCGAUUUGGUGCAGGGCAUGAUUUCAUGACCCAGGAUUACAUGAAUCAUGGAUCUCAAGGCAUGUUCACACAGGUUGGAUUCAAUGAUCCUUCACAGGAUGAUGCUUCACAAAACCACUUUGGUUUGACAAACCAACUUCAAUCCCAGGGUUUGAUGAAUCCACUUUAUUCCCAGCCAUAUGCUGCUGCUGGUACCCACUAUAAUACACAACAAAUAAAUAACAUACAACAACCUCAGCAGCAGCAGGGUCAGUCCUCUUCUUCCUCUUCUUCUCAGCAUCAUUUCAAUGGCUGAGAGGUUGUGACCAUCGGUUGUUACAUGAAAUGGGUUAUCGUCUUCUUUUCAUCCAUCCCUUGUUUUGUUGCUGUGUUUGCCCUUUCUACUACAACCACUACCAUUUUGUGAUACUGAAGAGGUAUAUAUUAUCCCGCCAAAAUAUGCGAAUUAUAAGAAGCCUGUGAAAGUAUUAUGACAAAUCCCCCCACCCUUAAACCGGCUCCUGCCUGGAUUGAAGGUAAUGGAAAGAUUGGAUGAGGCAAAUCAACGGGACAUCUAGGGUUGAGAAAGAAGAAAGGGGUAACUCAAAUUUAUCUUCUUCUCUAAAUCUGAAACUGAGACCGUGAAAAUGAGAGCUAUUAUAACAUGGCAUGGUUUUUUUUGUCGGAAGGGUGUUGUUCUUUGGCUAUCUACAUAUUAAUAAUUGAUGGAAAUUGCUUGCCCGUUGCUAAUAUCUUCGCUGUGCAGGUACUAUUACAAUGAUACAUGUACAGCUAAAUAGAUAAAUGGGAGUGAAUUAAUUAAUUAGCUUAACAACAACAACCCUUUGAUAUCUGUUCAUGUCAUGUAAUUAAACUCUUCUACAUUUUGGCUAUUAGUAGUGAGUAACUGGAUUUUAUUUUAACUUUGUAAUGAAGUAAGUAGUAUUCUUAUGCUGCUUGCUUUUGGAAGUUGUUUGGAUAAGUGUUUUGGUAUUUUCUAUAACUUCUAGUCUGUUUUUGGUAUAUUUCUA